AUGGCCAUUUCUUCCGGCUUUGGAGUGUCCGAAGACAUUUCAAGGCUCUCGCUGGAGCAAGGGCGCGAACCCCCGCCACCCCCGCCGCCCAACAUCUCAAGUGACGGCAUCGUCGCCUUUGAUAUCACAUCAAAAUUCACCGCAGCCGCCGAGAAGCUUGAGCCUGGCGAGCUCGUCAAAGAUGGCUUCUUUACCCUGUUUGAGUCCGUUGGGGCUCUGGAGAUCAUGGAUCCGAAGAUGGAUAGCGGUUGCCUUGAGGCGGAGGAGUCUCUUGACGUAGACUACGACGUAUCACGGCCUCUCCUCCCCGAAGAGGUCCUUGGCAUUAUCGACCAACUGCUCUGCCACGAGAUGGCCUGGCAUGUCGGAUACCCCCUAUCCCAGACUCUAUUCACAAGUAUAUACGUUGAGUCAAUUUUGAUGCCCAACCCAACUACUCUCGAUGACGCCCAUUUCAUCCGGGACGCCAACGGCAAACCACCAGCACCGAUGCACGCUGUCCUCCGGGCGUACAUCCUAGGGUUGCUCAAAACAUGCGGCAAUGUCAACGAGAGGAUAAAGAGCGAGCACUACUAUGAGGAGGAAGACUUUGUUACAAAUACCUACAACAGAGUCCUGCUCGACGACUUCAGCGUUGAAUCAGUCCGAGAUAUCAUCAAGGAUGCUAGCUUCAUCCUGCGUCACUCCGCGGACUCGGUACCGAAAGAGCUCGUAGACGCUCUGAACGCCAGGUUACUCCUCAGAUACACGUUUCUCGCCGCCAUUGAUCACACGCAAUACCGGACCGACCCCAAUCGGAUCAGGAGCCCGUGGCAGGAGGCCUUCGGCAUGCUCCCAGGCAUCAAGGACAGCCACGGCCUUGGAAAGCCCGUCCCCGAGGCCUUCAGUGCGAAGUUGCAGCGUAAGCUUGCUAGUACCAUGCCCCCGCGGCCUAUAGUCCAAACCAGCUUCGAGGACGCCUUUGCAAAUCUCACGAGAAUGAUCAGCGACGGGAUAGAGGUCGUGGGCGUGCUAAACUACACCGAUUCGAUCUGCCUCCAGACCUACGUCUCAACCUUCCAAGCAAAGAAGCCUCAACCCCUAAUUUUCGUCCGCACCCUUCUCCAAUCAUUCCUCUUCAAGGACAUGGAGGUACUCGGCCACAAGUCGAUCCGCCAACUCCUCGACGACGACUUUUCCAUCGUCUCCCUCCCCGCCUCCCCCCUCCUCGACCGUGCAAACGACGAGAUAGAAGCAACCCACGACCCGCGCUUCACCAUCGCCGCCCAGAUGGAGUCCUUCCGCAUGCGCGCCGCGCAGCCCUACCUCGACAUCCUCCGCACCUUCUGCCAGAACCGCUGCCGCGUCCGCCGCACCCUCUGCCACAUCGUCCGCGACUGGGAGAACCUGCAAUUUGACGCCGAGGACAUUGACCAGAUCAUCCAGCAUCAGAGCGACGAGCAGCCCGUCGUGUACCAGUCCGCCUCGGGCCCCGUCGAGACCUUCUCCCUCCCGCUCUCCUCCUGGGCGUACCUCUACAAGGUCAAGCAGAUGGAGUGGAUCGUCCAGCUCGGCUUCGAGCUCGAGGUCUACCAGCCCGACGAGCUCGCCGGCAUGUACUGGUACCUCAACUUCCUCGCCAAGAACCGCCUGCAGCACGUCGAGCGCAUAAAAUCCUUCGUUGUAAGGAGCCUCAGCCAGGCGCAGGCCAACAGGCAGCGGCUCUCCCCGACGGCCGAGGCGCAGUACACAAAGUCGCUCGCGUUCCUCCGCCUGACGCUCCUCGACGCCGCCGUGACCGAGGGCCUCUCCGACGCGCUGUCCUGUCUGUACACCGCCCUGCACCGCCUCGGCCUCAUCAAGCCGCCGCCGCGGCCCUACAGCACCGACGAGCUGCGUUACGAGCUGCGAAUGAAGCCUUUCGCGGUCAUCGGGCUGCCGUCGCUGCCCACCUUCGAAGAGUUCACCAUCGGCACGCAGCAGUCUGACGCGUCCGUCGACGACCUCCUGGCGCUGGCCGACCGGGCCAUCGCCGGCGCGAAGAAGGGCUUCGAGGUCAUGAGCAAGUUCCCUGAGGCGGAGUCCUUCUCCGUCGGAUCACAUGAUCGCUGGGUGCCGACCACGAAGAACGGGCUCAAGUCGUGCAUCGCCGCGGGGCUGGCGGUGUCGGUUAUCAGAAAGGCGCUAGACAAGUCGGGCGAAGGCGGGGACCUCAAGCUCAAGGCCGAGGUGCCGACUCCAGACAAGUCGUAUCACGAGUGGUGGAUCGUCCCGAGAAUCAUACCCGUUCGGUGA